AUGUCUCUGCUUGUUCGUCUAUUACGGCUGCGAUAUCUAUUAUUCGGUACAGCUGUUGGUGGAGGUUAUGCUGCUCAUAAAAAAUAUGAAGACAUAAAGAAACAAUUACCUGAUCUAACAUGGAUGAAAGAAUAUUUGCCAGAGAAUGCUGUCGACAAUCUUUCAAAACGCUUAUCGGAUUUAAAAGAUUCUGUUUCAUUACCUGAUACCUCCAAUCUACAGGAUCGUAUCAGACAAUUACAAGAUUCAUUUUACAAAUAUUUAACCCCUUCUCAAAGACUUGUUCUAGGUUCAACAGAUGAACAACAUGAAGGAGAGAAGAAUUCAGAUGGAUUGUUUGCAUGGGCAGCAUCAUAUAAAAACGUUCAAAAUUCACCAAAUGCCGAAGAACAUGAAAAAUUGGCAAGGACUGCUCAACAGAUUCAGCAUGAUCGGGCUGAGAAAGUUCAACAAGAAAUGAUGUCUAUACAAAUUAAAUAUCAACGUGAGAUAGAUCGUUUAGAAAAAGAAGUCAAAUUAUUGAAGAAACAACAGUUAUUACGACAAGAGAAAAAUGUUGGAAAAAAAUUGAGAAGAAUAAAGCGUUCUCUAAUCGAUAUGUACAGUGAUGUGUUAGAUGAAUUAUCAGAAUAUGAUACAAAUUAUAAUAUACAAGAUCAUCUUCCAAGGUUACAUGAGCCUAUAGGUUUUCUUUACCUUUUUUGUAGUGGUGCCGGUGAAAUGAUGACUCGUAGUCCAGUGAAAGUGACAUUAAGUGAAGGUCCCUAUCAUAUAGCACAAUUUCGAGAUAGUGGAAAAGAAUAUGAUUUAACCAAAGAAAAUGAUUUAGCUGCAUUACGAAAAGAAAUUGAGUUGAGAAUGAAGACGUCUGUUAAAGAAGGACAAACAAUUAGUAAUGAAGUAAUAUCACUAUCAGUGAAAGGACCGGGUUUACAACGAAUGGUACUCGUUGAUUUACCGGGAAUUAUUAGUACAGAAACUCAAGGAAUGGCAUCGGAUACAAAAAAUGCCAUCAUUAAAUUAGCUACAACUUACAUGUCGAAUCCAAAUGCAAUAGUUCUUUGUAUACAAGAUGGUAGCGUUGAUGCUGAGCGAAGCAACGUAACGGAAUUAGUUAGUAAAAUGGAUCCACAUGGUAAACGAACUAUUUUUGUAUUGACGAAAGUUGAUAUGGCUGAAGCAAAUUUACAUGAUACAGAUAGAAUAAAGAAAAUACUAGAUGGAAAACUAUUUCCAAUGAAAGCAUUAGGAUAUUUUGCCGUUGUUACAGGAAAAGGAAGCGCCGAUGAUCCCAUCGAUUUCAUUCAAAAAUAUGAAGAAGAUUUUUUUCGCAAUUCAAAAUUGUUCAAGGAUGGUGUAUUUAAAGCGACACAGACGACCACUCGUAAUUUAAGUUUUGCUGUUAGUGAUUGUUUUUGGAAAAUGGUUAAAGAAUCAGUUGAACAACAAGCCGAUACGUUCAAAGCUUCGCGAUUUAAUUUAGAAACAGAAUGGAAAAAUAGUUUUCCAAAAAUACGAGAACAAGAUAGGGAUGAAUUAUUUGAGAAAGCACGAGGCGAAAUACUUGAUGAAGUUGUCAAUCUUAGUCUUGUACCUAGUCAAGAAUGGGAGCAAAAUAUAUCAAAACAUUUAUGGAAUACAAUGUCUGAUUAUGUAUUCAAUGAUAUAUUUGCUACAGCAGCCCAAUCAGCAACAGUUGGAAGUUUUAAUACAAUAGUUGACGUUAAACUCCAACAAUGGGCAGAAAAAGAAUUACCAAAACAAUGUGUAGAAAUUGGUCAACUUGUGUUAUUGGACGAAUUUCGAAAAUUAAUUGAUCGUGAACAAAAAUCUCGUCAGUAUGAUCCAAUUGGGGAUGAAUUAAAACUGUCCGUUGUUCAUUCAUCUCGUACGCGACAUCAAUGGGAUUCAAAAGCAUUAGAUUCUCUUCGUGUGAUACAAACAAAUGCACUGCAAGACAGAAGUGUUCCGGACAAACAUCAAUGGGAAGCCGCAGCAAAAUUUAUGGAACAAGUUAUACGAAGUCAACUCGAAAAAGAAGAAUCAGAAUUACAAACAUUAAUUGGUAUGAAAAAAGACUCAUCAUGGGCUAGACUAGUCAGUUUACAACGGUCGACACAAGAGGAAAAAUUUAGACAACAAUGUUCAAAAGAGCUUGAAAAACUACUGCAAACCAGAUAUCAAGAUAAAACAAAAAAUGUUCUUCGAUCUUCUCUUGAUUAUGAUGAAUUGACAGCAGUCAAAAAAAAUUUACAAUCACAAAAAGUUGAUGUGUCUAGUGAAUUUAUCACAGACACGUGGCAACAUGUAUAUAAAGUCCAGUUUUUAAAACGAAAUUUAACAACAUGCCUAGAUUGUAGAAGAUUUUUUUAUUACUAUCAAAAAGGUUUCUCCGAUCAAGGUCUUGAUUGUCAUGAGGUUGUCUUUUUUUGGCGUUUAAAGCGUAUGAUAGAAAUAACCAGCAAUGCUAUUAGACAACAAAUAUCAAAUAUUGAAACUAGACGUUUAGAACGGGAAGUGAAAGAAAUACUCGAUGAUUACAGUAGUGAUGAAACAUUAAAAGCAAAUGUAUUAAAAGGAAAACGAGUUGAUUUAGCCGAAGAAUUAAAACGAGUUCGUCAAGUUCAAGAAAAGUUAGAAGAAUUUAUUGAAGCACUAAACACAGAAAAAUGA